AUUCACUUGUAUUUAAUUUUUGUGCGACCAUAGUAUAACUAUAAGUGCGACAUUUUAAAACGGUGGAAACGUCACCGGAAGCCGCCAUUUUUUUAUUUAAUUGAAAAGCUAACGCAUUAAAACCAAGAAGGCCUUGAUUGAUACGUCAAAGCUUUCAUUUUGUUUAAUUUAAAAUCAAAAAAUAUAUAAAGGAAUUCUUAUCUUAACCGAAAUGCAGCGAUCUGACUCAUCCGUUUUGAAUUGGGACGAGUCCAAACAAUUUAAUUGUACACCCAUGGUCGAUGCUAUUCGAGAAUUACGUGACGUCUACAAAGAAGGUACUGAGCGGACUGUCAACGAAAUAAAAGCGCGACUUGAGCAGGAAAGUGCUCAAAAAAGACAAGAAGCGGAAAAAGCAAUGUCUUUACUCGAACUCUGCCGUCAAUCUUUGCAACAAUUAGAUGAACAACAUAAAUGUAUUGGCAGAAAUCUUAAAGCACCGGUUGAGCAAGGGAGGGCGCUUACCGUGCAAAUACGCCAAGAAGUAGAACGAUGCACGCAUGCCGAGUUAGCAAUGCGCCAGCUUAUUAUUGAACUCAGAAAUAAGAAUCAAUAAUUAAUACUCAUUUUUUCAAUAAACUCUAGUCCUCAGACUGAAAAUUGAAUUUUUAUAA